AACUCCACCUUUAGGACCCAUCUUCUUUUUGUCCUUCCCGCCAUGUGAAGAGCCCGACGGAUGUUCUACAACAUUCGCCUUAGCCCCUCCAUUUCUUCUAGCAAGCCCUUCCUCUCGGAUCCUCAACCGCGUGAGCAGUUGCUCCAGAUUCAGCUCCGUUCUUUUGAGCUUGAGGUCGGCUUGGAAAUCUUCCCACGACCGUGGAAGUUUGUGGAUGAUGGCCUCCACUUGGAAGGCCUCGCUGACGCCUACUUUCUCUUCAUUGCAUUUGUUGAAGAUAACCGUAAGCUCCUCAGCCUGGGCGACAACAGAUUUGCUGUCGACCAUCUUGUAGUCCAGCAUCUUCCCGACGAUGAACUUCUUCGUGCCGGCAUCUUCAGCUUGAUACUUUUUGUUCAAGCUAUUCCAGAGCUCUUUGGCGAGCGUUGCACCGGCGUAGACGGGGUACAACGAAUCUCCCAACCCCUCGAGGAUAAUGUUGAUGGCGAGAUAAUUGUUGUGGUACCAUGCUUGGUUCACCAUCGCCACGAGGGGGUCGUUGGCUUCAUUGGGCUGGGGGGAUCUUGCUGCAGGUACUCAGCAAAUCCCAAGACGGUCAUGAAGAACAUCAUCUUUUGUUGCCACAUUUUGAAGUUCGUCCCAUUGAACUUUGGUGGCCUUUGAACCGAACUAGCGGGCACCGUAAUCGGCCCAACCGCAUUGGGCGUGUGGAGGAACGGCCCGUUAGUCGCCCAAUGGGGUCCAACGAAUGGAUUGACCGGUGUGGGGAAACCCGCGUUCGGUCCUACGUUGACCGGUGUGGGAAAGCCCGUGUUCGGUCCAAGGUUGACCGUCGAGGCCGAAGCCAUAGUCGAUCCAAGAAACGGGUUCGAGUUACCGACGGGGUGAUCCCCCGUGGUUUCGAGCCCGGGAAUGGGUCGAGGGG